UCAACAGCGGAAUCGUUUGACGUUUGUAGAAAUUUCGCGACGUUUGUGAGAUAUCGCACGGGCUGGCACGGACGGUAUUGUUCUGUCCUCAAGGUUCUCGACGCCAAACAGACGAAUUGUGGUCUAUCUCAACGUGCUCCAACGCAACGUAUACUAUUAGCUGCUAGCGGCGAUGUCUCUCUUCGGAAUGAUGGGUUUCGGUGAAAUGGAGGAAGAUCCGUUCUUCGGCUCUCACAUGCGCACCGUGCGCCAGAUGAACAAUAUGAUGAACUCGUUGUUUGCGGACCCCUUCGGGAUGAUGACUCCAGCGUUUGACAAUCGAGCACUGGUCCAUCCGGGACACCAUCGCAACAGCGUUGGAAACAUUCACAACUCACUGAUGUCCUAUGGAGGCUUUCCGGAUCCCAUGCAGAACAUUAACAGACUACUCACUGGUUCUCUGGAUUCACUCGGGCCGUCACAUUCGUCUUUCAGCUCUUCCUCCACUGUGGUCAGCAUGACUUCUGGCCCUGAUGGCAAUCCACAUGUGUAUAAAGCAACAUCGUCCACUCGAGUUGUGCCCGGCGGUGUCAAGGAGACGCAGAGCACAGUAUGCGACUCCCGCACGGGCACGAAGAAGAUGUCCAUUGGGCAUCACAUUGGCGAGCGCGCUCACAUCGUGGAACGCGAGCAAAACAUGCGCAGCGGUGAUCAGGAGGAGCGCCAGGAUUUCAUCAAUCUCGAGGAAGAAGAGGCUGACGAAUUCAAUCGCGAGUGGGAGUCACGAACGCGCAGCCGAUCCGAUAUCCCUCGCAUUGGCGGUGGUGCGCGCAUUCCGCGCCACAACUACGGCGCGGUGCCGGCGCUCACAGCCGGACCAAGCCGCCGCAGUAGGGACAGAAUGUCCGCCAGUGCGCCGUUGGCGCUGCCGCGACGCACCGUCCGCUCGUCGCCGUUGCUCGCGCUUCCGUCCAGCACGUCCAGCACGAUGGCCCAGGCGUCCCGGACACCGUACACGCCGCCUGGCUAUGCACCACACACCAGGAAACACAAAACGAACAUCAAGACGGUGUCCGGCUCACCGCCACCGCAGCACCAGCCGACGCACGACGACGAGUAGUGAAGCAGCCACCCGCAUCCCUCUGGGCAUCUCUUCUCACCGACGGCGACUCGUUGGCGUGUUGCUGCACUCUCUGAUAUUAUAUUAUUCCGUUUAGGUUAGUUAACUACAAUUUAACAACGCGCGCGAUCACGGCGAAUCAAAAACCGUAGCAGCAGAGGACAAGCGCGCGCGAUUACAACAACAAAAAACGACAGACAAACACUGCGUUUGUCACUAGACUAAUUUUACACAUAUUGCAGUUUUUUGUUGGAUUUCAUUUCAUCUCGCGUAGAAACAACAGUUUGUAUUAUAUGUGAUUUAAAACAAUGAUUUUUAUUAUGAAUUUGCUAGUGAACUCUCGCUAGUUCGACAACUCUAGUAUUAAUUCCGGUUUAGUUCGUGUGUUUUUCUUUCGUUCUUGAAGGCUAGUUAUUUGCGGAGGAAGUAUUCUUCCUCACUAAAACGUUCGAGGCAGAACAAACACAAACAAAACUAGCAUAAACAAAACUAAUUUCGUAGCAUAAACGUGUAUUGAUUCUUUCACAUUGCGCGGUAAUCAUCUACCAAGCUAAAUAGUAAUAUAAGUACUAUAUAUUUUAGAACAGAUGCAGCGCUACGUAUACUGGUAGCGCCAUCCUGUUAAGUUACUGAAACAAUUGCGAAGUAAUUAUUACAUAGAACAUUCGGAGGAGAAUCUAUUUUGAUUUUGAAGCAAGGUUUAUACUCAAAUCAUGCUUGUAUUAUAUUUUUAUGGCGACAAAUGUUUGGAGAUUAGCUUAGUACUAUCGUACAUCUUACAAGUAAUUAGUAUAUUCAGUGAUUAAUGCGUUCGUCUCAAUGUAUUCUCGCGUAUAUUUUCGAACAUUUCGUACCGCAUUGUAGUUGAGCAAAAGAGUGAAAAAUGUCAGGUUCAAUUUAUAUAGCGAAUGAAAACCAUCGUUUUAUUAUUCAGCGUUGAACGAAAGAACAAAACAAAAUUCUUUGUGUUGAUUUGACGACAAUGAAUAUGAAUUUGAAUCAAUAAAUAAAUGUAACAAUGAUAUCUACAA